AUGCUUGUCAUAUUUGCGUCCGCACAGUAUUCCAGAGUAAACAAGCAGCUGCAGGCCCUGGGUCCAAGCCUCGGGUCCAAGCCUCGUCCGAAACCUCUCUUCUACAUAUCCUUGACUGCUUUCUCUCGCCAGUCUGCGCGCAAUGAUUUCCCAAAGAAUUAUGCAGCACUCGCUGCGCCGAUCCCAAUUGCGCAAGCUGCCCGGUCCUCGAAACCCUCAGAUCCCAACGAUCUCCUUCGCAAACAGCGCCUGAACCGGCCCGUCUCGCCGCACAUAUCCAUCUACCGACCACAGAUCACUUCCGUGCUCUCCCUCUUGCACCGCAACACCGGACUGCUACUUUCGGGGCCGUUUUAUCUCUUUUUUGCAGCAUAUGCUGCUUCCCCCUGGCUGGGUUGGCACAUUGACUCCACGUCCAUGGCGGCAUCUUUUGGAACCCUUCCCGUCGCUGCGAAGGUCCUGCUGAAGACGACCGCUGCACUCCCGUUCACCUUCCACUGCAUCAACGGAGUCAGACACCUGGUGUGGGAUUUGGGUCGCGGGUUUAGCAAUAAGCAGGUCACCAAGUCCGGCCGCACUGUGAUUGGGUUGAGUAUAUCGAGUGCCCUGCUCCUUGGGUUCCUGUGGCCCUCUACGGCUUCAGAAUGA